AUGGCCAGGCAGUCACCCGAGGUUAGCAUGCGGACACGAACCAAGGUCUCCUUAGAGCGUAAGUCCCGACUGCAGCGCAAACGCUGCCCCGGUAUUGCUAAAGAUCGUUGCUUAAAGACUUAUUACUGCUCAGGCCUUGAGGAAAACUGGAACUCCCACCUCCUCCCUGGCUCUCGGCUUUUUGGCACCGCGCAAGCAAUGACGGGUUCCUACGGUCGAUGUCUAUGUUGCAAUGCGCUUUUGACUAGCAUCGGGUUCAACUCUAGGCGCAGCAGGUGGCACAGUUUACCCAGGCUCCAGAUUGGCUGGGCAGCCCUAAUGCUGUCGCUUUCAGGGGUCAAGCAAGGGGCGUCAGCGUCGGUUGGUGUCUUUGUCUCCCAACUCGGGAAACAGCAUGAGCCCGUUGCCAAGUGUGAUGUCUCUGAGGAUGAGCAGUACGAGUUGGUGGAGAUCGCUGGCGAUAAUGCUAUGGGCAUUAUCAACUUCAUUGACAGCUGGGCCCCCCAGCAAAACCUUGUCCUCAAUUUAGGUCGCGAGAACCGCCUGCCGACCGGGAUCUCAUUCUUGAAUCACGCCGAUCAACUCCUGGAUGAUGAAUGGUUUCGCGAGGAGUUUGAGGAUACUCGAGAACUGCUGCGCCUUAUUCAAUGGUACCGGUAUGAAACCCAUUCCUGGAGGGACAACAAAAGCAAGAAGCCUUCAGGCUGA